AUGGAUUUUGAUAUAGAACAAUUUAAAGCAAUCCAUAGACUACAAUUCUCUGCAAUUAAUUGGGCUAAAAUAUGUUUUGAUUUAUUUGAAGCAGCCCGACAAAUUUCAAUAAUUAGGAAGAGACCGGAAAUAGCUGAGGGGAUUGACAGGACAGCCAAAACAGGAGGAAACAGUAAAGGAAUUGAUAAAGGAAGAAAAAUAGAUUUUUGGUAAAUAUGUAUAUUAAAUUUUUCUAA